AUGGCGAACAACGGGCCGCUUUUCACUGCUGUUUCGUCUUCUGCGCGGCAGAUCUUGCUGCUACUGCGCUGCAUUUCAUUCGCCAAGAAGGCACACGUUCGCAUCUCGUCAGAUGGCCUCCGAUUUAGCACCGAGGAGGGCAGUGUCAUGGAAGCUGUGAUCUUCCUCGAGAAGGCACUCUUCACAUCUUACAAGUACAACGAACCUGUGCCCGCUUCAUCCCAGGACGAUCCGCCAGAAGCUCCGCUCUUCGAAAUUAACCUCAUUUCUCUUCUUGAGACACUCAACAUCUUCAGCAUCUCUGAUCCAAGCAUCUCAAAGCGGCCUGGCGAAUACGACUCUUUCGCUGCGCAUCGCCUGAAUCGCCAUGCUGGCUUCAACGCGUUCUCCAACCAAGCUCUCGGUGUCUCUGGCAUCUGCACCUUCACCUAUGACGGAAAUGGUAGCCCUCUCAGCAUCAAUAUGUCCGAAGCAGGCGUCACUACAACCUGCGAUCUCACUACGUAUGGAGCUGAGAGUGCAGAGGAGAUUCCCUUCAACCGCGAUAGCCUGUCUUUGAAGACGAUCAUGCGCUCCAACUAUCUGCUGGAUACAAUUGCAGAAUUGAGCUCCAUGAGCCCGACAAUCUUGACAAUUCAGGCCAAUCCGACAUCUCGGCCAGGAACCAACCUGUCGCUCUCGGCCAGCGGCCAUCUUGGCUCAGCGACAGUCGACUUCACGACAGAGACAGACUCUGAGACACCAAUUCUGGAGACAUUCCAAUGCUCUCGCAAAGCUUCUGCGAGCUUCAAAUUUGACCUGAUCAAAGCUGCCCAACGCGCUAUGGCUUCGGCGAGCAAGGUUUCAUUACGCUUAGACGAAGAAGGCGUCCUGAGCAUGCAGUAUCUUGUGGAAAUCGAAGCCGGAGGAGCAGGCGAUGGUGUUGCUUUCGUCGACUUCCGCGUGGUGCCGCUCGUCGAAGGCGAGGGUGAUGAAGAGUACGGAAGCGACAGCUCGGAUUGA